UCUUUAGGCCUGCAUUCCACUUUCUAUAAACUAUCAACCAACAUUUUCCUAUUUCAUGUUUCUACCUUUUAGACCAAAAUUUUCAUCUUUACUUCUUCACACCCCCGAUAUCCAGAGGUGUGGAAAGAGCAGCUGUGAGGAGCGAAAAAAAUCAUAGAAAAACGAUAAUUAUUUGUGGAGGUUUCUACAUAAAACCCCCAUGGUUCUGGCAAACGAUCACAAUUAUAACCACCAUCAAUAAAAAAGGAAAAUGCCAACAAGAAUGGUAACUUACUUGAGAGAAAGGACAGUAUAUGUAGCUGUUCUUGUAGAAAGUCCAAGAAGAAGGAGGAGCAGUUCAACAAACAACAAAUUUCAUCAACAUCAACAUCUUCAUGUUAGAAAUGUUGCUAAUGGUGGAGGAUACAAUAGGAAAACUCAACUUCUUGAAUACUCAAGAAAUCUUCGAGCUUCGAAUCAAUCAAAGCCAUCAACACCAUUAGUUCCACAGCAAGUCCAAAGACAGAAUUCUCAGAUUAUUGCAGUGAAAAACAAGCCAAAAUAUGUAAGUGUACCAGCUUGUAUGGGGAACUGGAAAUUUGUUAUGCCAAGGUUCCUCAGAUCAUUCAUGUCUCAGAAUAAGAAAUCCAAGAAGAAGAAGAAUAUGGCUUCUAAAACCAAUAAAAUAAAAGCCAUGGUGAAAAGUUUUCAGGUUCAAAGAAAGCCUGGCCUAUUCUCCAAAUUUUUUGCUACACUGGGGAAGGGUCAUCGAUGAACAAACGAUCACAUCUGAGUCCAAGAAUUAAGGCAUUCGAAGGUCCAUCGAUUAACUAACUGA